AUGUCAAGAAAGACUCACUCACAGGAUUUUACACAAGAUCCUCUUGAUGUUGAUAAUGUUGAUACUGCCAAUGUGAGUCAUUAUAGCUUCUACUAUAUAGCUCUAUAGCUUCUACUGAAAAAUUUAGUAUUCAUCUAAACUCGAUUAUGGAACAAGUGGUAAGAGCAACACCAAAAAAGAAAAAAAGGCUGUUUCAAUCAAGCCAGCGGAAAGAAAGUUUACUGUUCAAGUAAUGAAAUUCGUUACAUGAAAUAGGAAACGAACAUAUUUCAGUUGUUAAAAUCACGCAACCAUUCAGUUUCACAUAAUGCUGACACUGAGCUCACACCUCUUCUUCAUCCAUCAAUGUGAGAUCUUGUAAAUAACAAUACGAAUAAUCGUUCUUGUUCAGAUCACUGCCGACUGUUGUGGGCUAUGACGGUUAUCAUGAAGAUUAUCACCCUGGCCGAAGUACAAUCACCACUCGAUCCGAAGUAUCUUGCUGAGAGAAAAAGUAUUAAACUAAACAAUUAUAGAUAGGACGACAUGAACUAUCAAGGAAAAAACGACGUUCGCCACACUAUAGUACGCUUCGAUUUUCGAGAUGUAAACAGCGGUAAUUUUAGUUUCUUAUUGAUUUUAAGCUUUUGAUUGGUUGGCAUUAUUAACCAGACUAUCACCUAAAAUUAUUGUCUUUUGGUUUAAAAAGAAAACGUCUCCAUUGAUCAAAACUGUAGUGGCGAGAAAACGGAUCCAAUAGAACACUAACAUGGUUAUGAAUACUUUUAGCUGUAUUGUUUAUUUAAAAAUAUCUGUAAAUACAUUAUACUACUGCUUAUAUACUACAACAUAUUUACAAAAAUGUGUCCCGUGUUGACAAUACUUCUUAUAUGCGCAGUCUCAUUUUUGUGUUAAACAUAACUGGUUGUCCGAGUGCGCAAAUAUUGUUUCGUUUUAUUUCUGCAAUUUGAAUAUCAAAGAUAAAAAAGGUUGCAUAAAAAAACCUGCUUAAAAACUUUUGAACAUUUAUGAACAAAACAGAAAAUAUUUUAAAGAUGAUCUUAAUUAGAUAAUUUUUCUGCAAAUUAAAAAUUGUUCUUUACAGACCGUUCAUAAUAUCGCCGUUCAUGCCGAUUUCGACGCAAAUCUCAGUAGAUAGUCCUCGUUCCACGGUUGCAUACACAAAGGGAGGAUGUGAAACCACAUGUGAAGCUCUUCUAGAGCAGGAGACAGAAAUAUGUGCAAGUGAGUCGGAAGAAGAAAGGUAUUUUCAGCCAUUUUCUCUGAAGACAUUGUUAUUGUAGUAAUCUUUCUGAAGAAGAAGAGCAGGAAUUGCCGUUUUUAAAAGUAAUUAACCGGAUUAGUGGUUCAUACCAAUUAGUUACUUACAGAAUGCCUUGAAAACUGUAUCCGCACUUUCAUCUCGUCAAUUGCUGACUAUUUCAAUGCUCAGUCUUGCGAAUUUAUGCUCUACGAUCGCAUUUUCAUGUAUUGCUCCUUUCUAUCCUACGGAGGCAAAACAGAAAGCUCUGUCUGAAACUCAAACAGGAAUAGUUUUUGGAAUAUUCGAAUUCACAAUGUUCAUUAUAUCUCCGCUUUUUGGAAAAUAUGUGAGAAUCCUUAUUUAAGUGAAACAAAUAAAUCUCACAAAUUUUCAGAUCAUUUUUGUAGGCGCCAGACGAAUGUUUAUUGUCGGUAUUGCUGUAACUGGAAUCACAGCGAUACUUUUUGGGUAUGUGUUGUAAUAGAACAAGAAUGGUUUACAAUAUUCCAGAUUUUUAAAUUAUUUACCAUCCGGAGAAAUUUUUUUUUGGUUCAGUGUACUUGUCAGGAUAUUAGAAGCAGUGGGAGAUGCUGCAUUCGUUACAUCAAGUUUUGCAAUCGCAGCGAAAAGUUUUCCAAGAAAUGUUGCGUUUGUUGUGGUAAUAUAUAACAAAAUAAUUCGGAGAUUCUUAUUUAAUUUUCAGGGAAUUCUUGAAACAUUUGCGGGUUUGGGUUAUACUGCGGGUCCAGUUAUUGGGGGAUUUUUCUAUGAUAUUGGCGGAUUCCAACUUCCAUUCCUAGUGCUUGGCAUUGUACUGCUCCUGGCCAGCAUUCUCGCAUUUUUCUUGAUUGAAAGUAGAAAAGGUUAGCUAAAAACCUAUGAGGAGAAAACGACAAUAUUAAACGUUCAGAUGAUGAAAGUAACCCGGAAAAUAGAGGUAUGCUUGAAAUACUCAAGCUUUCACAAAUAUGGCUACCUAUUUUUUCUGUUGUUUCAUGUGCAAUUUCGUUAUCCUUCCUUGAUCCAACUCUUUCAAGUCAUCUAGAAUCGGUACUACUUUCUCAGUGCAAUAAUGUUUCUUUUCUCUUUUUAAAGUUUAAUCUCACACCUACCGAGAUAGGUUUGAUGUUUUUGUUGUGUGGUGGAUUCUAUACUUUAAUGUCGCUUGUGUUUGGAGCGGUCAUGGAUGCACUUCACGUCGGAAAUACAUUGUUAUUACUAGGUUCUGUCGCAACUUUACUUUCCAUGAUCUUCAUUGGACCAUCACCAUUACUUGACAAAUACGUUUCAAAGUAUAUUUGGAAGGGUUAAAAAUUCGAAAAUCUUAUUUUGCAGAGAUCUAAUCACUAUUGGACUCUCGCUUGCUGUUUUGGGAUUGGCUGCGAGUGCAUUGUACAUUCCAUGUUUCCAGAUGUGUCUUGAUGAAGUCAAGUAUGAAUAAAACAAGGAGAAAAAAACAAUAAACUUGUUCAGAUUAAAAGGUUUUGAGGACAACUUUCAUACGUAUGGAUGUGUUUCUGGAAUAUUUCAAGCUGCAUUUGGAUUUGGGUAAGAGAAUGAAACUGAAUGAUACUUCCAUUGUUUUUUUUAGAUCGUUUAUCGGGCCUACGUUUGGAAGCGUGAUUGUGGAAAAAAUAGGUUUUCAGUGGACAACAACGUUGAUCGCGUUUCUACAUGUCAUAUUAGUAAGUUUUUCUGUUUAUUUUCAGAUAUUUUCCAAACGAAGAAAUAUUUUUUCAGAGCACUGUUGUUGUCAUAAAAAUAAUCGCAAAUAAAUGCAAAAACUCAUAG